GAAUCUCAAAGGACCUCUGUAGAUCUGGCUAGUCAAAGCUCUGGUCAUAAACAACGUGCAAGUGUUCCACCUUCAUUAUCUGUCAUGGUCAAAAAACAAACCACUGAUCACGAUGACAAGUUUAAUGCUUCUGAGAUGUACAGCAGUGAUCAGAACCAAAAGGUAGCAGACUUUGUCAUCCAACAGAUAAAGAGCGAGCAUGAAGACAAGUACACUUCUCACAUUAUAAAACGUGCUGUUUAUCGAUACUUUGAGUCUCGGCGCAGGAUAUACAAUGAUAGUCAACCCAUGCGGUUGGAGAAAGUGAAAUUAAAUAGGAAAAAAGGCCAGCGGAAAGCUUUUCAAAAAAGGUACCUCAAGCGUGAUCAAGAACUUAGCCUAUGGGAAGAAAUUGAUCAAAACUUUAUGACAGAAGAAACAGAAUCUAAAGGUGGAGAUAUUGUAAGGAGGCAUAAACUGCCAUGGAGAUCAGAAGGUAAUCAUGUUAUGCUGAGUUUGGUAAUUAUAAUUGUCCGGCAAGAGUUGCAUUAUGUUGGGUUUGGAGUGACAAUCAGAAAGAUGGCUAUUAAUACAUACAGACUUAAACAAGUUUCUUGGCCGACUGGACAAGAGAGCUGAAAAGUCUGUGCAAGCCAUCAAAGGGCCAAUCCAAGUCAAGACACGACUCGACUCAACGCUAUCCAAACUAUCACCCCCACCUAAUGCGCCUGUCUGGGCUAUUGAUCAAUCGUUUUUACACCAACAGGCUAAAGAUGCAAACCCAUUGCCACGCGAUUUGGAGCCAGUUACUUCUACCGGGGUUACGUUAGCUGGAAGCUCUAACCCGGCUCGCCGUCAACUUAAUACUGCCGACAUACUUCAAGCGAUUUCAGUGACGAGUGAAGAUGCAUACUAGACUAAGACUUGUCUUUGUAUAUAAUUAUAUCUUGUGUAUGUAAUACUACAGCCAUGGACCUGAAUGUAACAUUACAUUAUGAACUAUUUACACUUACUUGAACCUUCUAUCAUAGUUAUUUGCGCAUGCGUACACGAAAUCACGUGCACUUCCAGCUGCUGAUGACUCGACUAUGCUGCUCUGUCUAGCUAGCUUCACACUGUACUUGCAGCACGGAGUAAGUACUCUGUACUGCAGCGCUUCCAACAAGAUGUGGUCUGUGAAGGAGAUACAGCAGUUUUUCAGCUCCUCUGCCUAAUGAACACCAAAACGAGGAGCAGGCAACUUCGAGGAGCAGGCAACUUACAAGAAACACGAUGACCUAGUGCUGUGUACGUACCACUUUUCGCUUUAAAAUUGGGCCUGGGAACCAGUGUAUGAACUAGGAUGUGAAGUGCUCAAACAUGCGUAAGAGAUUUUAAUUGCCAUAAUUAUGCCUCGCAUACGCAACGAGAUAUACGGUAGGUGGUCAUCCAUGUAGGUGGUCAUCCAUGUGAAAAUGGACAGUUGCACUCUAACUUACACGAGCAACCACAUAUUCAUAACAGAUAGUUGCUUUAUUAUUCUUCCAUUUUGUAGAUACGAUGACUAGGAAGGUAAGUGCGAAAUGAACAGUCGCACUAUAGCUCCGCGAGCAACAUAAAUAUACCUUGACUCUGAAGAAAUGGACAGUCUUACAAGAGCAACCACACUAAUUAUGCGUAAGACAUUAUUAUAGUUAGUCUGUGUUCUUCCGUUUUGUAGAUACCUUAACUCUGAAGAAAUGGACAGUCUUACAAGAGCAACCACAUUACAAGAGCAACCACACUAAUUAUGCGUAAGACAUUAUUAUAGUUAGUCUGUGUUCUUCCGUUUUGUAGAUACCUUGACUCUGAAGAAAUGGACAGUCUUACAAGAGCAACCACACUAAUUAUGCGUAAGACAUUAUUAUAGUUAGUCUGUGUUCUUCCGUUCUGUAGAUACCUUGACUCUGAAGAAAUGGACAGUCACAGUCACACUCCAGCUUUGUAGAUACUUUGCUAAAAUCUCAUGAGGCAGUAACAACAGUAGUAUACACCACAAACAAUCUUGGAAUACAGAGUAAUGAACUUAUAACUUGUGAUAUUGUCUUAUUUUAUUAGUCUUCGUCUUGUAGCUUGUGUUUCAAUUUACAUCCAUUCUUGAUCUUCA